AUCCACUCUUCUAAUGGUAGUGACGCAGCUAUUUCUAUUGGGCCUGGUCGAAGCAAGCAGCCACCAAACCACCACGUUGCUAUUCCGAGAUCAGAUGCCGUCAGACCAGCAAGUGUCCACUGUCUCCUGAGCUUCUCUCUUCGGUCUUUUAUUAGUUCUUUUCCCUUUUCUUCUCUUUUUAUACAUAAUUGCUAUUUCGUUUCCUUGUACAUCCGUUCCAUACCUCCCUCUGUCUGUCUCUGUUUAUUACUUCAAAUCUAUCUGUCCUCAUUUAGCACCCGCCAAUGUCUACUUUCGAUCCCGCAGCGAGGAAGCGAGUCCUCCGGGUCAUUGCUGUCUCGCUACUCCUCGAUCUGAUUUCCUUCACAUUCAUCCUUCCCUUGUUCCCCAAGCUUCUCGAAUUUUACCGCGACCGCGAAGUCCAGGAGCCAAUCGGCCACGACGGACCUCAAACUCUCCUCCAGACCGUCCUCUCAGGCCUCCACCGAUACAAGGCUUCUUUCUCCCGCCCGAUCGAGUCGCGACAUGACAUUGUGCUGCUGGGCGGAGCUUUAGGCUCUCUGUUCUCGUGCGUAACCGUCAAGCAAGCCAGUAAACGUUAAGGCGCAAGCUGACAAUCUUACUCUAUAGACUUCUGCAAGCCAUUGCAUCACCUCUAAUCGGCGCCCUCUCCGAUCGAUAUGGCCGUCGCAAAGCGCUCUUGGCUUCCAUGUGUGGCAACAUUCUAUCCGUCCUGCUCUGGGUUGCCGCCGUCGAUUUCCGAACAUUCAUCGCUAGUCGUGUUGUUGGUGGGUUAUCAGAAGGCAAUGUCCAGCUCGCUACAGCAAUGGCGAGUGAUAUCUCGGAUGAGUCGUCUCGCGGUGCAACUAUGGCUCUGAUCGGCGCGUGCUUCUCAAUCGCUUUCACCUUUGGUCCUGGACUUGGCGCGUGGCUCAGCACAUUCUCGACAUUUACGGCGAACCCGUUUGCAGCGGCUGCGGGUUUCAGUCUUGCGCUGAUUGUUGUGGAGACAGUGUAUCUAUACUUCAGCUUGCCUGAGACGUUGCCAUCGCUACGUGGUGCUCAGGCGAAGGACGGUCGGAAGAAGAAAGCUAUACCCAAGGCUAUUGAGAGGACCAACUCUCACUUUCUCUUGAAUGCCAUUCACUUCGUCUUUCUGCUUUUCUUUUCUGGCAUGGAGAGUUCUUUGUCCUUUAUGACGUACGAGCUCUUCUCGUUCACUUCCGGCAAGAAUGGAAGAUUACUUGGCUAUGUUGGUCUUGUAGCAUCUAUUCUCCAGGGCGGUGUCACACGACGACUCCCACCUCUGAUGUCUGUUCGAAUCGGCACACUAGCUUGCCUUGCGUCCUUCGUUCUUCUGGGACAGGUCAACACAAUCGGUGGUCUGUAUAUCGCUGCUACAUGCCUGGCCGUUACAUCCGCUACCGUCGUUACGGGUCUGAAUGCACUUUCCAGCUUCGAAGCUCACGAGGAUGAGCGCGGCAACAAGCUCGGCAUGCUACGAAGUUGGGGCCAGCUUGGUCGAGGCCUCGGCCCUAUACUGUUCACAAGUGUGUACUGGUGGGCUGGCCGUGAGGUAGCAUAUGGUAUGGGCGCAACAGGUAUCGCUGUUGUCGCUGCGGCGGUGUUUGGAGGGUUGAAGACGCCAAAGGGUAUGAACACUCAGGGUAAGAAGGUUGAGGGCAAGGUCCGGUAAGGGCUGUGUGUAGACAAUGGAUAAUUCAUGCAGAUGUGUAUAUUACGUGGAUAUUGGUCAAGCUGGACUUGACUGAGGUAGAUAGCAGCAUUCAUAGAUAAUUGUAGCAUACAUCGUACGUUUGAUAUUUUACGCCUUGUUUCGACUUUACUUUCUCCUCGAGACUUCUACGGUGGUUGUGGUGUUGAGCAGACUUGAAGACUGAAUGCACAGCACACUGCCUCGUGAUUCGAGUCUCCCGAGACAGGAUGAGCAAAAGGGUGUUCGAACCGCUUUGCGUGCAGAUUAAAUCAGCCAGACUUGUGCAGCAAGAAGUAGAACCCCCAAAAAUGCAAAAAAUACCACCCGCACCCGGAUUUGCACCAGGAUCCUUGGCUAUCGCCUAUACUGUUAUAGGAGUCCAACGAGUUAACUAUUACUCUAUACGGGCUUUCGUUUGCUUUAACCGUUCGACCACGAAGUCUUUGGUAUUGCUUGUUGGGAUAGGUACUGUUGUGACGGGCUAUAUACUGUUGAAAAAAAGGGGCGGUUAUAGGCAGUGACGGGAUGCUGCAGUUUCACAGACGGGAGCGUGCAGGGCGCUGCGCGGUAAUUGGAUAGAAUUCGGGUGUGGAGGGCGGUGGUGAUCGAGUCAUCGGCGCUGUUACUGUUAUUUCUCAGCUGGUGAUUGAGUGAUUGAGUGGUCGCAUUGUAUGGUCGCAGUGUCGUUGUUUCGUGGUGUUGAGAAGGCUCAAAACUGGAUUCGCAUCAACUCUUGAGAUUUGGAUAGAAAGCAACUGAUUUCGAGAUCUGUAUAAUCAAUUGAACAACCAAUAUCUUCUGGUUAAGUAAUUCGGUUUGAACCGUACUGUCCGGGAUAAUUUGUACGAGCUUACAAUACCC